CCAGGGGUGGGAAAUGGCCCUUUUGGAGGUCCUGGGACUGGUGCCUUCGUUGCGGAUCUCCCGGGCGUGGGAUGCAGCGCGAAAGCUUUGUGCAGUGAUCUUUCUAAAGCAGAAUCCUUCAGUCCACCUUCCGAAGCAACCAUUUUCUCCAGGGGAAUGGAUCUCUGUAGUCCUGAGAUCAGUUCUAAUUUUGGGAGAUCUCCAAGUCCUCCUGGAGGCUGACAACUUUAUGAGAGACUAGCACAGCUACUCGUCUUGAAUCAUGGGAAAGAAGAACAUGCUGUUGAGUCACAACCAAUUCAUGGCAGCCCAUCUAUAGGGUAUUCCAGGCAAGAGAGAAGCAGAAAUGAUUUGCCAUUGUGUUCCUCUGAGUAGCAGCCCUGGACUUCCUUCCGGUUUCCCAUCCAAGUACUAACCAUGGCCAACUCUGCUUAUCUUCCAAAUCCUGGCCCGCCGAGGCUAGACUGGACUAUUCAGGCUGCUAUCGUGGGGACAACCUGGGUUAAAUGCUGUAAUGAUCUGACUGUAGUAUAAAGCAGCUUCAUAUACUGAAUUUUGUAUUUGCUCUAAAAGGUGAUGAUCUCGGGCAGGAUAACAAGGAAGAAAACCUUCCAUUAGGAAGAUGUGAGCUUUUGUGGAUUAUUGGCUCAAAGAAACAAAAGGAAACUUGCUCUGAGGAGUCCUGAGGAGGAAGAAAUGCCUGGAAGCCAGGUGGGACAAGGCCAACAAGGAAGACAUACCAAGAAAAUGACACAAGAAGAACCUUGUGAAGAAAGUGACAUUGGCUUAAGUGAAAGUACCUUCCAAGAUGGUGUUGGCAGGAAUAAGGGACAAAAGACUGGCUUAGAGGAAAGCCUCUGUCAGAGCUCUGAGUCUUUUGAGAAUCAGGGUGUGUUAACGGGGGGAAAGCCACAUAAAUGCUCAGAUUGUUGGGAAACAUUUCAUGAGAGAGCCCACUUGGUCAUGCACGAGAGAAUUCACACUGGAGAGAAACCAUAUGAAUGUACAGAUUGUGGGGAAACCUUUAGCAUUAGCUGUGCGUUUGUAGAUCAUAUACGAACACAUACAGAGGAGAAAUCGUAUACCUGCAGAGAGUGUGGCCAGAGCUUCCAUCUGAAAUCCAACCUUACCGCGCAUAAGAGGACCCACGUGGCUGAGAAUCCCUACGAAUGCUCCGAAUGCGGGCAAAGUUUUGGCAAGAAAUCGCAUCUUGUGACACACGAGAGGACCCACACUGGAGAAAAGCCGUAUCAGUGCUCGGAUUGUGGGAAAAGUUUUAGUCAGAAAGGAAACCUGGUUUCGCACAUGAGGAUUCACACGGGGGAGAAACCGUAUCAGUGUUCUCAGUGUGGUAAAUCUUUCUCUCAUUGCACUUCGCUGAUGAUGCAUGUAAGGACCCACACUGGAGAAAAGCCGUACAAGUGUUCGAUCUGCGAGAAAAGCUUCGUUAACAAAGGAAACCUUGUCUCCCACGUGAAAACCCACACGGGAGAAAAACCCUACGAAUGCAAUGAUUGUGGGAAAAGCUUUAGCACCAGUUUUCAGUUUAUAGAACAUAAAAGGCUGCACACAGGGGAGAAGCCAUACACAUGCGCGGAGUGUGGGCAGAGCUUCAAUUCGAAAUCAAAUCUCAUUACACACAAGAGAACCCACACGGGGGAGAAACCCUACAAAUGCGGCGUCUGCGGGAAAGGCUUCCGCGUUAAGUCAUCCCUCACAAAACAUGUGAGAAUCCACACAGGAGAGAAACCUUACGAAUGCCCUGAGUGUGGGAAAAGCUUCAAUACCAGUUCUUUGCUUGUCAAUCACAAAAGAGUUCAUACAGGAGAGAAGCCCUAUACAUGUUCUGGCUGCGGGAAGAGCUUCCGCCAGAAAGGCAACCUUAUUUCCCACAUGAGAAUUCACACGGGGGAGAAGCCAUAUCAGUGCCCUGAUUGUGACAAAAGAUUCAUUGACAAAAAGUCCCUUAUUAAACACAAGAGGACACAUAUGGGCGAACAAGGUUACGAAUGCUCAGAUAGCAGGCAAAACUUCGGGUAUAGCUGAGCAUUUCCAUAGAGCAGCACAGUAGAAGUGAAACAUGAUCAUUUAGGGGUAUGAGACAAAGUUCUGUCCUCUUGCCUGUCUUUCUAAACAAGAGAAAAUCCACAGAGAACUAAGAGCACAAGGAACGUAUUCUAGAGAAGGUUAAAAAUGAGCUUUUCAGAGACUCAACCAUGUUCUCUUGGAGCUCAGAUUAUUCAAACUGAAUAUUUUUGUGUUUGGGGAAAUUCACACCAUAGGUGGACACUCAAAUAGUUUGGGGACUGAAUGUUCCAAGGUAGCUUCUAGGAGGAGAUGAGUCAUCUGAGGACUUGGUGGAGUUGGCAAGGGCCAAGUUAGAUUUUGCACAAAAAGUGUGGGAGUUCUGAAAACAGAACUUGUGUAUCUGCUCCCCCUACCCCUCUGUUCUGCAUUUUUCCUGCAAGCAGCUCUAUAUUCCCAUCUGCCGAUAGGGAAAUCUGUGGUAUGGUGCUGUUAUGACUCAAGGUUAAGUCCUGCUUUUGUGCUUAGACUGACCGCACAUUGGAUUAGACAGACCAUUCGUCCAAUUCUGCAGAGCUGUUUAUAUGCUCAUAUAUUACCGGACGUACCAGUUGCUGUUUUCAGUAAAUUCAGGGUUAUAUCUAAUUUGUCUCUGGAAAGCAUCUUCAUUUCUUUCAUCCUCUUCACCUUGUAGCCAGGAAACCUGAGUACAAACAUCUGGAAAUGUAACAGUGGGUGGAAUCCUGAAUGUCUUGCUCUCCUGAAAAGCCAGUGUCUAAAACUGUGGCGCUGUCUUUAAAAAAUGAUUCUAACACUUCAUUACAAAUUUAUUUUUCUAACUUUUUAAAUUGAUGUGUGCAAUUACAGUGUGUGUUUGUGAUCUGCAUGAUCAGUGCACUGGAGUAGGAUAAUUAAAGGGUGUAGCAUGUUUAAAGCUG